CAGUGAAUUAUCAACCUGAUGGAGCAGCUCCUGUUAGCAAUGGUAGCCUUGCCUUUUAUCCAGCCCAGACUAAUGUUAUUCCCAGACCGCCUCAGCCUUACCUUAACAGUCGUGGGUCUGUCAGAGGAUCUGCUAGAGGUGGAAGGUCUCUGGCUAGUUCAUAUCGUUCCCCUGGUGGGUAUAAAGGUUUUGAUGCUUACAGAGGCUCACCUUCAAUAACUAAUGGCAGCUAUGGCCAGCUGCAGUUUCCUGGGAGAGAUUAUGCUGGAAUGCCCUAUUCUCAGAGGGAUGUUAAUUACCAGCAGUGCUAUAAACGAGGUGGGAUAACUAGUGGUCCUCGUGCAAAUUCAAGAGCGGGGUGGAGUGAUUCCUCCCAGGUGAGCAGUCCAGAACGAGACAAUGAAACCUUUAACAGUGGGGACUCUGGGCAGGGAGACUCCCGCAGCAUCACCCCUGUUGACAUGCCAGUGACAAGCCAAGCUGCCACCAUACUACCAGUGCAUGUCUACCCCCUCCCACAGCAGAUGAGAGUUGCCUUCUCUGCUGCUAGAACAUCUAACCUGGCUCCUGGAACUCUAGACCAGCCAAUUGUGUUUGAUCUGUUGCUGAACAACCUUGGAGAAACUUUUGAUAUCCAGCUUGGUAGGUUCAACUGUCCUGUGAAUGGUACAUAUGUCUUCAUCUUCCACAUGCUGAAACUGGCUGUAAAUGUUCCCCUGUAUGUGAAUCUCAUGAAGAAUGAAGAGGUCCUAGUGUCAGCAUAUGCAAAUGAUGGGGCUCCUGAUCAUGAAACAGCUAGUAAUCAUGCAGUCCUGCAGCUUUUCCAAGGAGACCAAAUCUGGUUGCGUCUGCAUCGGGGAGCCAUCUAUGGAAGUAGCUGGAAAUAUUCCACCUUUUCAGGAUACCUCCUCUAUCAGGACUAAAAUCCAGUGCGAUGUUUACAAAAGAGCUGCUCCAAACACGUUGGUGGAGGGGGGUGGGACUAGCUUUGCACUUCUGACUUUAUAGAAGAUACGUGGUUCCAUUACUGGGGGGAAAUGAUGGUCCUGUUGUGCAAGGUGAAAUCAUGGAGUUGGGGUACUGAAUCAGCACUAAUUUGGCACUUUAUCAGUUGUGAUGUAGCCUUGCUAGUAAAGCUGUGAAUGUAUAUUGUUUGCACUUACCCUAAACUGUAUUAAUGUCCAGCUUACUACACUAUUGAUUGCCUCAAGUAUGGGCUAUUCACAAUGCCUUGUUGUGCCUCAAUAAAACAAGUUAAUAUGCAUUUUAG